CGGCUGACCUAGACGCACACACCACUGCCAACACCCAGCGGCUCCACACUCCCGACCGUGACUGCCUAGCCGCCUCCGUACCUGGGGGCUGAGACGGGGCUUUAAGGCGCUUGUCUCCUGUGGCUCAGUGGCACAGAGCGCGGACAUAAGGAGCCCCCACACUGGGCACAGCCCUGGCCCAAGUGGCCACCCCUUAGGGGGAAGUUUGGAUCCUGACCACUGUACCGCUUUGUGGGUGGGAGAGGUGUGGCAAGGCUUCCUCUUCCCCUCAGGCUUCCAGCACCUUCCGCAGAGGCCCUGGUCAGAAUGACCAGGCACGUUUCUCUCAGCGAGGGUUCUGUGGCUUAACUUGAGCAGAAAGUGAAUGAAUUGGAUGGAUACUGAGGAUAGUGAGGAUAGGGACAGGAUCGACAGGAGGUUUGGAAGGGACAGGACACAGGACCACUGGAGAUCUGGACAGCAUGGACGUGACCUGCCACGGGAGUGAGUGCAAGCAGUCUGUUCUUGUGUCCUUGCAUAAUUGCACUCAUGAUUCACUCCCUUGGCUGUGGGGAGUUUCGUGCCUCAAAAGGAAACAUUAAAUUGUUCCCAGAAGAACAUGGCUACUGUGCUGGAAACCGAAGAGAAUUGAUGCAAGUCUCUAUUAGGGGGUGGUGAUAGUAUGAUUUCUUAAAUUGUGAGGUUGUGAUGUAAAAUGCCUGUGGAUCAUGAACACACAUCAGUCCCCAAGUGUCAGGACUUAGGAAGUCGGGCAAGGUCGGGUUGUCAAGUUGUGUCAUUCUGUUGCACUCCUUGCUUAGUCCAGCAGAGGGCGCCUGAGGUAACCGGCUGAUCUGUAUGAAAAGCUUUCCUACCCUGGGUCUGAGCAGGUGAGGAAGUAGGAGGUUGGUGUUUGUUGAGAGCCUUGAAGAAGGAAGCAAGAAGCGAAUUUGGGGCAAGUUAAAAAGUUACCCAGAGAUGCUGCACUUUGCAUGCAGCACAUUAGAGGUUUCCAGAUGAAUAUUGUUCCCGAAGGCCGGUUCAGACCUCAUCCACCUCAGGGAAAGCAGGGCGUUUGGCGUGGAAGGAGUCAUCCCCGGCUCUGCUUACCACUAGCAAAGAGGUUUCCUAGCUUUCCUUCUUCUUUUCAGUUUCUUUUCUGGAAGCUAGCCUCUGGGAUCACAGGGCAGCGGGGUUUGGUCAGAGCUCAGCUCCUUGCCAGGGCUCCUGGCUUUGGGGAGAGAGCCCUGGCUUUGGGGUCAGAGACCUUGAUUUAUGUCCCAGCUCUGUCCUGGCUCACUGAACAGGUCACGGCGCCCCCGAACCUUAGUUCCCUCGUCUCUAACGCAGAGACAAUGACACCCACCCCCAGGCACAUGGUCAGGGCCAAGUAAACAGUGCCAAGGCCUGAAUUUCCACGUGACCUGACACCCAGGUCCAUAGGAGCACCUCGAGCCAGGUUGCUCUUCUAGACAUCGAUAUAUGUGGGCCGUCCAUUCCCAAGAUAAUGGGAUUGGAAGGAGAACAGGUGCACCAGAGUGGCUCGGGCUGGUCUCCAGUGUUCCUGGAAGACAACCUGGGGGUGAUGUCAGUGGGUUUCUUACUCAGCAGCCCCGACGACGCUGUCAUCUGGAGAGGACCCAAGAAGAACGGCAUGAUCAAGCAGUUCCUCCGCGAUGUGGACUGGGGAGAGGUCGACUACCUCAUCGUGGACACCCCCCCUGGGACGUCGGACGAGCACCUCUCGGUCGUCCAAUACCUGGCCGCCACGCACAUCGAUGGCGCCGUGAUCAUCACCACCCCUCAGCCAGCGAGAGCGAUGGUGCUGUUACAAUUCAGAUGGUCCGCCAUGGUCACCUCACCCUUACCACGCUCAUGCAUCAAGCCCGCAGUCUGCAGGGCCCCCUCACUCGCAUUGCAGGACAGUUUGGAACUCUCCCCAGUUUUCCACGGCACCAGCCCGGGCGUAGGCGGGGAUUUCUGGGGAAGCUGCUUCGGGUCUUGUCAGAUCCUCAUGUACCAGUCACAGAGGCUGUGCCACCGGGCUCUGAGGAACCCCCACUGGGAGGUGUCCCUGCAGGAUGUCCGGAAAGAAAUCAGCUUCUGUCACAAGGUGAAGCUGCCCAUCAUCGGGGUGGUGGAGAACAUGAGCGGCUUCGUCUGCCCCAAGUGCAAGAAAGAGUCUCAGAUAUUCCCGCCCACAACGGGGGGUGCAGAGGCCAUGUGCCAGGACCUGAAGAUACCGCUCCUCGGCAAAGUGCCUCUGGACCCGCACAUAGGGAAGAGUUGCGAUGAAGGACGGUCUUUUUUGGUUGACGCGCCAGAUUCACCAGCUACGGUAGCCUACAGAAGCAUCAUUCAAAGAAUCCAGGAGUAUUGUAGUCCCCAUCGGCCCAAAGAAGAGAGGACCUCGUUAGUUCCUGAAACACGGGGGGACAUGGACGCGAGCAGCACGGCCAGCGCGUCCUGACCACUCGGGCACAGAGCGGGCUCAAGGCAGAGAGGGACCAGACUCUGGUGUGGUGUGAAGUCACUUUUGCAGACACUUUAAUCACCUGAUAUUUGUACAGUUUUCUUUAGAUCACAUGUAAAGGGCGUUCUUUACACAUGUGCCAUUUAAAAAAUAAAAGCGUCUCCUCAAA